UCCUCGCCCCCUGCCUGCCUGCGACUUCUCAAGUCCCAGGCCUUGUCUGCAGCUCCGUCUCUUCUCUCCUGAGAAGCUCCUUUCUCUUGGGAACUGCCGCUUCUCCCUCCUUGCCAGUCCUCUCUGUCCCCGAACUCAUACUGCAGGGAACAGUGGGGCAAACGAAGUCAGUCCAGCCAUGGCGACUCCCUCUGCUGCCUUCGAGGCCCUUAUGAACGGAGUAACAAGCUGGGAUGUCCCCGAAGAUGCCAUCCCAUGUGAACUGCUUCUUAUCGGAGAGGCCUCCUUCCCAGUGAUGGUGAAUGACAUGGGCCAGGUCCUCAUUGCUGCGUCCUCGUACGGCCGAGGCCGCCUGGUGGUGGUGUCCCACGAGGACUACUUGGUGGAAGCCCAGCUCACUCCCUUUCUCCUCAAUGCAGUGGGGUGGCUCUGUUCCUCCCCUGGGGCGCCCGUUGGUGUACACCCAUCCCUGGCACCUCUGGCCAAAAUCCUCGAGGGCUCUGGGGUGGAGGCGAAGAUUGAGCCGGAAGUGAAAGACUCCCUGGGAGUUUACUGUAUUGAUGCCUACAACGAAACCAUGACUGAAAAGUUGGUCAAGUUCAUGAAACGUGGAGGGGGCUUGCUCAUUGGAGGCCAAGCCUGGGAUUGGGCCAACCAAGGCGAUGAUGAAAGAGUUCUCUUCACGUUCCCUGGGAACCUCGUGACCAGCGUGGCCGGCGUGCACUUCACUGACAACAAAGGAGACACUAGUUUCUUUAAAGUGUCUAAGAAGAUGCCCAAGACCCCAGUCUUGGUUAGCUGUGAAGACGACCUCUCCGAGGACAGAGAGGAGCUCCUGCACGGCAUUUCGGAGCUGGACAUCAGCAACUCCGAUUGUUUCCCGUCCCAACUGCUGGUGCACGGGGCCCUGGCCUUUCCCCUGGGCUUAGAUUCCUACCACGGCUGUGUCAUAGCCGCCGCCCGCUACGGGCGGGGCCGGGUGGUCGUGAUGGGCCACAAGGUGUUAUUCACCGUGAGUAAACUGGGCCCCUUUCUGCUCAAUGCUGUGCGCUGGCUGGACGCGGGCCGCCGAGGCAAGAUCGUGGUGCAGACAGAACUGAGGACACUGAGCGGCCUGCUCGCGGUGGGGGGCAUAGACACCAGCAUCGAGCCCCAUCUGACCAGCGAGGCGAGUGUGUACUGCUUUGAGCCCGUGAGUGACGUGGGAGUCAAGGAGCUGCAGGAGUUCGUAGCCGAGGGCGGGGGACUGUUUGUUGGAGCCCAGGCCUGGUGGUGGGCCUUCAAAAACCCGGGGGUGUCCCCUCUGGCUCGGUUCCCGGGUAACCUCCUCCUUAACCCUUUCGGCAUCAGCAUCACGAGCCAGAGCCUCAACCCAGGGCCCUUCCGUACUCCGAAAGCAGGAAUCAGGACCUAUCACUUCCGCUCCACCCUGGCCGAGUUCCAGGUGAUAAUGGGCAGGAAGAGAGGGAACGUGGAAAAGGGCUGGCUGGCCAAGCUGGGGCCGGAUGGCGCGGCCUUCCUGCAGAUCCCCGCGGAGGAGAUCCCGGCCUACACAUCUGUGCAUCGGCUCCUGAGGAAGCUGCUGAGCCGGUACCGGCUGCCGGUAGCGACCCGGGAGAACCCCGUCAUCAAUGACUGCUGCAGGGGUGCCAUGCUGUCCCUGGCCACUGGGCUGGCCCACUCCGGAAGCGACCUCUCGCUGUUAGUCCCAGAAAUUGAAGAUAUGUACAGCAGCCCCUAUCUGCGCCCCUCGGAGUCGCCUAUCACCGUCGAGGUCAACUGCAACAAUCCAGGCACCAGAUACUGCUGGAUGAGCACUGGGCUGUACAUCCCUGGAAGGCAGAUUAUAGAGGUCUCACUGCCUGAAGCCGCUGCCUCUGCUGACCUGAAGGUACAGAUUGGCUGCCACACUGAUGACCUGACCAGGGCCAGCAAGCUGUUCCGAGGCCCGCUGGUGAUUAACCGGUGCUGCCUGGACAAGCCCACGAAAUCGAUCACCUGCCUCUGGGGCGGCCUCCUCUACAUCAUCGUGCCUCAGAGCAGCAAGCUGGGCGCCGUGCCCGUCACUGUGAAGGGGGCCGUGCAUGCUCCGUACUACAAGCUGGGGGAGACAUCCCAGGAGGAGUGGAAGAGGCGGAUCCAGGAAAAUCCAGGUCCCUGGGGCGAGCUAGCCACGGACAACAUCAUCCUGACGGUGCCAACUGCAAACCUUCGCACCCUGGAGAAUCCCGAGCCGCUGCUUCGCCUCUGGGACGAGGUGAUGCAGGCUGUGGCACGGCUGGGGGCCGAGCCCUUCCCCUUGCGUCUGCCUCAGAGGAUUGUUGCCGACGUGCAGAUCUCAGUAGGCUGGAUGCACGCAGGGUACCCCAUCAUGUGCCAUCUGGAGUCAGUGCAGGAGCUCAUCAAUGAGAAGCUCAUCAGGACCAAGGGGCUGUGGGGCCCCGUACACGAGCUCGGCCGCAACCAGCAGCGGCAGGAGUGGGAGUUCCCGCCACACACCACCGAGGCCACCUGCAACCUGUGGUGUGUGUAUGUGCACGAGACGGUCUUGGGCAUUCCUCGGAGCCGUGCCAAUAUUGCUCUGUGGCCCCCAGUUCGGGAGAAGAGAGUCAGAAUCUACCUGGGCAAGGGUCCCAAUGUGAAAAACUGGAAUGCAUGGACUGCGCUGGAAACGUACUUACAGCUGCAGGAGGCCUUUGGUUGGGAGCCAUUCAUCCGCCUCUUCACCGAGUAUCGGAACCAGACCAACUUGCCCACAGACAACGUUGACAAGAUGAAUCUGUGGGUGAAGAUGUUCUCCCACCAAGUGCAGAAGAAUCUGGCUCCCUUCUUUGAGGCCUGGGCCUGGCCGAUCCAGAAGGAAGUGGCAACCAGCCUUGCCUAUCUGCCCGAAUGGAAGGAAAAUAUUAUGAAAUUAUACCUCCUCACACAGAUGUAAGGAGUGCCCAGCGAGGUGGCAGGCCCCACUGAAACGGAAGUCAAGAAAUUCAAAAGAAACCUCUCGACAAAGAAAACGGAAGGCAUUCGGUUAUAAACGAAGAGGACCUCAACACAUUUCUGGAAGAGAGAAAGUUGGUGGAGCAUGAAAAAGAAUGAGAGAGUGAAGGUACCCUUCAGACAGAGUAUAAGCUGAUCUGAACGACCCAACCCCCGAGAGACUUGGGCACCUAAAAAGUCUGUCCAUGCCAGUUGUAAAAUUGAGCCCCAUCCCAUUCUUGUGCACCGAACACAGGCAGCCAGCUCUUGGUACCAGUGAAAAAUCUGUUGUUACUGUUUGUCGUUGUCGUCGUUGUCAUCGUCGUUGUCGUUUAUAUAAAGGAACUGAACAAACUACCUGAGGAGAGGUAGGAGUUGGUGCGCCAAAAUAAAGUUUCUCUUUUCGUGGAAAUAAGUGAUCCCCCAACCUGUCAGCCAAUUCUCUACCGACGGUCGAGACCCACCCCCCACUCAAGUAACCAAGUGCUUUCAGUCACUGAAGAGGCUUCGUGGAAAAUCAGAUUGAGCCAUAGGAUGACAGAGGAAACCCACACCAACUCCGGUAAAAGUCAGCAGUUAUAGUGAUUCUUAAAUGCAAUGGUCAGCUAGAAACUCCCAGACGUUGGGCAUGACGGGGGUGGGCAGGUGAGAGGAAAUACCAGAGGAGAAACGUGUAAGAAAAAAUUACCAAUUAGAAUUAGGAGAUUUGAAAAACACAACAAAUUCUGGAAGAAACAAAGUUAAAAUGGAAAAAAAAUAAAUAACUUAAAAAUCUAGCUAUAUCUUCAGAGAGAGCUGAGGUGUAUUUGUAAGAUGAAAACCAGAGGGAAAACUCUGAGAAUAAAAAGAGCCUUUGAAAAUGAAAUAAGACUGCCAAAAAAUUCAGUAAACAUGCUAGAAAAUAAAGUUGAGAGAAUUUCCCUAGGUAUAGAGCAAAAAGAAAUAGAAGAAAAUAGGAAGAAAGGAAAGAGACAUAGACAAUCAAUAUCUAACCAUUAGAAGUUUCUGGAAGAGAAAACAAAAUAUAGGUUAAGAAAAGAAAAAUGAACAGAAAGAUCUAAGUCUCCAGAAUGAGGGGGGCCUCAAUAAAACCUACAUUUUGAGAUACAAUCUUGUGAAUUUUUGGAAUGUUAAAGAUAGAAGACAUUGAAAGUGCCCAGAGAGAAAAUAAAAUUAGGUCAUCGUAUUUAACUAAAAAGAGAUAAGAAAUAGACCGGCAGCAGAUUUUUCAUCAGCAACACUGAAAGCUAGAAGCCAAUGGAGCAGUGUCUUCAAAUAUCUUACAAAUUUUCUAUCCAGGAUUCCAUAGCAAGCCAAACUGUCAAGGGUCAAGCCAAAAUAAAGACAUUUUCUGACAUGUAAGUUUUCAGAAAGUCUACCUCCUUUGCACCCUUACUGAGAAAGCACCUUGAAGAAGUUCUCCAGCAAAAUGAGGGUGAAAACCAGGAAAGAAGAAGCAGAAUUUAGAAAAUGAUGAACCUUGCCCAGGAUGCGUCACUUCAGAGUGACACUUAUCCAGUAGUAUGUCUCACUCCAGAGAGAGAGUUUUAUCCAGCAGACCCAUUUCAGAUGAGAGCGCACAGUCUCUGGGUCUCUAGGAAGAAUAUGCAUUCUGUGCCAUAGAUCGUAUCAUUGAGACGCCGGGAUGUUUGAGAACAUGGAGAACAUAGAUCCUGUAGUCAAUAUAAAAGAAAACAAAAACAUGUCAAGAAAUUCACACCCAAUUAUGAAACAACAACAAAAAAUACUCAUGUGAUGUAAGAAGACCCCAUUUGACAUUGGCGGUAGGUACACUGCACGUGGCACAGUCAUGACAUUAGCUGUGUACAGAAGAAAACGUCCUAGCUUCUAUGUGGCUCUCAAUAAACAAUAUUUACGUAGCCAAAAUAA